CGGUCUUGUGAUGUGACAUCAGCGCCUCGUUGAGGCCGCCAGCCCUUUCACAGCUGCGCGCAAUGACGCGCUACUGACCGACGCAUCUAAACAGGCCUCAGCGCGGCCGAGCUCGGGGUCAUCAGGGCUUAGACAGUAAGUGUGCGGCUGUUGUUCGCGCUGCUGUGUGUUGUGGAUAAGGGGAGACAUAGCCAGGCCGGGGCUGAGCGUGCGCUGCGUGUGUGUGACGAUGGCAUCGUGGUGACCGGUGCGCUCGGAUUUGGAGUUUGUCUUGGCACUUUGGCGCAGCUCAUCUCUCUCAUCCUGCGCGGUCGCCUUCGGGCUGUUUUGCACAGUUACACCCAGCUGAAGUGGCGUUGGCGCAGCGAGCCAUGAUCACCUCCACUCCAGCUCCAGGGGCUACUCGAGCCUCUCGAGCCGCCGGAGCUUCGCCUUCCUCGGCCAGCCCGACGCGCCUGAGCCGCCUGCAGGAGAAGGAGGACCUCCGGCAGCUCAACGACCGGCUGGCUAACUAUAUAGAGCGCGUGCGCCAGCUCGAGAACGAGAAGUCGUCCAUGCAGCUCCUGCUGGAGGAGAAGGAGGAGACCACCACCCGGGAGCUGAGAAACGUCAGGCUGCUGUACGAGACCGAGCUGGCCGACGCCAGGAAGACCCUGGACACCACGGCUAACGAGAGGGCCAGGCUUCAGAUAGAGUACAGUCAGCUGUGCGAGGACCACCGCAGGCUGGUGGCGAGGAACAACAAGAAAGAGGCCGAGCUGGGCAGUGCUGUCGAGCGCUGGAGAAAUCUUGAAGCUGCUCUGAACUCCAAAGAGGCAGACUAUGCAAAUUUACUGGCAGCCAACCGCAGACUGGAAAAUGAUUUGGCGGAUCUCAAGGCACAAGUGGACAACCUGGAGUCAUCCUUGCAAAAUGCUAAAGCUCAAAUUAAUUCGGAGAUGCUGCGGCGAGUGGACGUAGAGAACCAGAUUCAGACCCUGCAGGAGCAGAUGGACUUUCAAAAGCACGUCUCUGAACAGGAAGUGCAGGAGAUGCGGAGCCGGCAUGAGAGUCGUCUGAUGGAGGUCGACUCGGGCAGGCAGAGGGAGUUUGAGAGUAAACUAGCGGAAGCCAUGCAGCAGCUCCGGCAAGAACACGAAACCCAAAUCCAGCAGUACAAGGAGGACCUGGGGCGGACCUUCAGUGCAAAGUUGGAGAACGCGAAGCAGGUUGCGGCCAAGAACAGCGACUUUGCCACAUCAACAAGAGAGGAGCUGGCAGGAACUAAGCUCAGGGUUGAGUCCCAGUCCAUGCAGAUCAGCAACCUGCAGAAACAAAACUCUGCGUUAGAGGCACGUGUGCAGGAGCUGGAGCGUUUGCUGGACCGCGAACGACAGCUCAGCCACCAGCGGCUCACGCAGAAGGAGCAGGAGAUGGCUGACAUGAGGCAGCAGAUGCAGGCGCAGCUGGAGGAGUACCAGAGCCUGCUGGAUGUCAAACUGAUGUUGGACAUGGAGAUCAAUGCCUAUCGCAAGAUGCUGGAGGGAGAAGAGCGAAGACUGAACCUCUCUCCGAGUCCGUCCCAGCACGCCUCUGUCUCCCGCACGCACAAGCAGACUACACGCAAAGCCUGGGCCAAGAAACGAAAGCACGAGGGCAGCUCAGGCCUCUCCCCCAGUUAUAAAGUGUCCCAGCACUCGUCCACCCAUGGCUGCGUGUCCAUCGACGAGAUUGACCUGCAUGGAAACUUCAUAAAGCUCAAGAACAACUCCGACACGGAUCAGCCACUAGGUGGCUGGGCCGUGAGGAGGAGGCAGCAAGGAGUUCCAGACGUCAUCUACCAGAUCCCUAAAUCCUGCGUUCUGGGUGCUGAACAAACGGUGAAGAUUUGGUCUGCAGGAGCCGGAGUGGAACCGAAUCCUCCUACUGACCUGGUUCUGAGUGAUCCGAAGACGUGGGGAGCGGUCAGCGAUGUCAGAGUUUCUUUGCUUAACACACACAAUGAGGAGAUGGCCGAGCGGUACGUGGUGUGUGUUCAGGGCCGAGCUGAGGGAGACUCGGAUGUGGAAUUUGAUGAAGAGAGCGGCGUGGGCUCAGAGAUUCACCCUCGUCGACAGCCCAAACGAAGGAAAAAGAAAUGCUGCUCUCUGUCCUGACCUGUCGCUGUGCAGCAGGAGCAGUAGAGCCAGAUGGGGACUCAAGAGGCCAGCUGUGCAGUCAUGUAGCAACGGUCCAUCUGUAUGGACUAUGCUGUGGAAUUAUUACUCCAUUGCUAUUUUUUACAGCGACAUGACCGAACAGCCCUAAAAUUGUUGCUUCUUAAAAUGACUUUCUUCCUCUUGGGCUUAGAGGUGAAAGGGUUCAGAUCUAGAAUCAGUUACUUUUAAUCAGUCAUUGAGAUGAUGGGCAACACUGCAUAGAAGAGCCAUUUAGACCCUAAAGAUAACUUGGAAUAUUUUUCUGAAGCAUCAGAGAAAUGCAGAACCUGUGGAAGUUUUCUGGUGCCUUAAAACUUACAAGUUCUCUGCAAAGGUCCCUCAGCCAUGUGCAGGACUUGUCUGUAAAUUGAGAUGAUCUGAAAUUUGACUUGCCUCUGGACUUUAUUGUACCCAACUUGCCUGAAUGUUCCUAGAUUUGCACUCCUAAUUCCUAAAGCUAAAACAUUACCUGUGUGUAAACAAGGUUGUGAUGGUGAUGCGCUGCUGAUGACCAGUAAGGUAGAGAAAGGAUUGUUCUACUUCAUUCCCAGACUCUAACGGUGCCUUUUGUAGGAAGAAUUGUUCAAAAUGUAGCACUUACAGGUCUUAAAACCAUUUAAACCAUUUGUCCAUUUUUGGCAUCCCUCCAUAGGCUCCGUUAUGAACGGUCAGUGUUCACAAGAUUGUUUCAUAUGUUCUUUUAAUUUAAUCAGUGCAAUGACACACAAAGCCUAUACACAUUGUCAUAAGCUUUUAUUUUUCCUUUUUUUUUUUUUGGUUCAACAUAUUCCCUUGUAAACCUUCAGAGCAGAACGUGACUGCUUAUCUGAUUAUCUAGCCUUCUGGUGACCUCAGAGUUGAUCCUGAAUUUCAAAGCCUAUUUAUUGCAUUUGUUCCGCCAAGUGUAUAUACUUUUUAUAUAAUUAUAAAUUCAAUAAAGAUUACAGUGGGUAAAAA